CCUCUCCCGAUUGUCGAUGGCUGUAGGAGGACUCAUAUACAUGCCUGGCACUGUGCAUUCCUUGUCUCGUAACCCUCGGGAUAUGGCGACAUAUAAAACCGUCCAGACCCCCAUAGCCCCCGAGACAAAGAACCUCUCCAAGCAGUCGCCCACCAUACUCGAUUAUUUAUCCACGCGCCCUUCGAUCUAACAUGGCGAACGCGGCGCCGUAUCAGUACCCCAAUCCAGCACCGGAUGGCAUACCAAGGGACUAUCCCGACACGGUGGAGACCUGGGGCACUGAUUUUAGCAACACCAUCGACGCUAUCCUCAAGAUUGAGAAGGAUGCAUUGAAACAGGCUUGUCAGUAUACAUCGCCCGAGGCCAAGGCUGCGAUCCACAUUCAUUGUGGCCAUAUAUCUUGGUGGCAGUCGGAACUUGCGACCGUCAUCUAUGAUCUUAUGCGUCCGGGCUCAGACCUCGCAUCCGAAUACACAGAUCUCCAUGACAUCUUCUUCCGGCGCUGGAACGCCAGCAUUCGUUCUACUGCUGAGGGGGCAUUUGUCUCCAGAUGCCAGCACCUGUCCAAUAUCCACCAUAACCGAUAUGACAGCUACGAAAAUCAGCUGUGUUCCUUCAACCACCCUAGCUGUGUCACUGGCUAUGGAGAGAUACGCCAAGCGAUCGCCACAUAUGCGAACGGGAUAUGUCCCACCGUGCACAACCGCUUCGAACUCAAGGGACUCAUUGGAUGGGGAACGUACGGCAUCGUCUUCCUAGCAUACGAAAACCAAAAGCCAUACGCGAUCAAAGUCCAGCCCUAUUUCACCAUCAACUCUGACGUGAUCUGGCAGUCUCCCCGACAACCCUACCCGCCAUCCGUCGCUCCUCUAUACACUGCCAUGGCCGGUUUUACGCAGGAGAACUACGUCCCGCUCGAGGCAUACGUUCUGAUCCUCUUGCGCUCUUCCAAACGUUUCCCCAAAUUCAAGCUGGUCUACACCCACGAUAUGUUUACGUCGAUGGUCAUGGAAGCCUGUGGCCUCGUGAACCCCAACGACUAUGGGGAAGCCGAGCACAAAUUUCUGAAGAGAAAUCGUAGGAAAUACCCCAGCUACAAAGGAUCCGAUCUUAUUGCCAAGAAGAGAACAUCGCUGGGAGAGAAACAAGCCAACAAGCUCUCAACCCAACUGUUGGAGGCCAUGGCCUUCCUCCUGGACAUGCAUAUUUGCCACGUGGACCUCUCUCACCAAAACUACGCCGUUGAUGAGAAGUUGAAUACCAAACUCCUCGACAUGGGCCUCAUCCAAUUCGGCCAUGAGGAGCCUGACUUCUGGAAAGAGCAGACGGUGCACAUCGCCCACUACGAGAAAUUCAUGACGCCCGAACUCGCCGUCGAACUGUUCAAAGACGAGUGGGUGGACAAGGACUACAACGCCACGCGCACGCUCUUCGUCCCGCUAGGCCACGACGACCGCAACCUGAACGUCUGGCAACUCGCCUCCCUCACCUACGAGCUCCUUCACGGCUACUCCCCCUGGGACGACAAGCAAUGGAGCGCCGACAUCCAGGACCUCUACCACUACCGUAACGGCCGGGAUGCGGGUCAGAAGCGCAGACGCUAUAAGAAGAUAAGGGCCAGGCGCCGCAGGAUCAUCAACGAGUCGCUUCCUGUCCACGAGGAUUUAACUCAGGAUUGUUCGGACGCCUUGCAGAUGAUGCUCCAGAAGGAUGUGGACCAGAGGCCGAAUCUGGCGGAGCUGGAGUCUGUGCCUUGGUUUGGGCAGUGGAGUUAUAGGGAUAAGAGAGCGUUUGAUAGGAAUCAGCUGUUUUAGGUACUAUUUUUAAUGUUUGGUGGCGUUGUUGGGUGAGGGUGAGGGUUUGUGGAGUUGGCUA